AUGGACGCCUUCUACAUAUAUACCGAAAACGGCAAGAAGCUGGUAGAACAAAUUUUCGCAAAUGACGUAAAUGGUGAAGCGACUCAGGAAGAGAUUAAAGGGAUAAUAUUGGGAAGCAGUUUAAUCGAUAGCUCGAAUUGUACCGUAAUCAGCAAUAGUGAUGAUGAAAGCAUAAUCAGAAAAGCAUUCGAAGGGAAGUUCAUCUUUGUCAUUAAGAAGGAUUCUCUGUAUUUUGUAAUUUUAAAAAAAGAUGAAAAUAAUCCAGUGAUGACAAUAGAAGUAAUUCGAGAAAUUGUGGAACUUUUUAAAAAAUAUUUUAAAAUAGACAAGUUGGGAGAAGAUACCAUAACGAAUAAUUAUUCUGUUGUUGUUUUUCUCAUUAAUGAAAUAUUAGCACAAGGAGGAAAGCCGAAUGUAUUUGUGGAUGAAAUUUUGAAAAAUUUGGUGGAGAGUGAUUCUGGACUCCUUAAUGAGACAUUGAAAUAUACUCCUGUGGCGAACAAUCUAUGUAACUUACUAGCAUUAAGGAAAAAUAUCUCAGGAGAAAAUAUGUCAAAUGAUGUGAAUAUUAAUUACAGUUACAGCAACGGGACAGCAAUCAACAGUAGGGAUAACGAAAAUGUCUUUUGGAGAGCAAAUAACAUCUGUCAUUUGCAUAAUAAAAUAUGUGUAGAAAUCAUGGAGAGUGUAAAUUGCGUUUUGACUAAGAAGAACAAGAUAAUUCACUUUGCUAUUCAAGGAAACGUUUUUGUACAUUGCUUCAUUAAUGGAUCUCCAUUAAUUAAAAUGAGCUUUAACAGAAACAUAAAACUUCAUUUGACCCACCUACAUUACACUGCCAAUUAUAAUUUGAUAAGAAGAAGAGUGCACACAAUAAGCGCAGGCAGUUCCGUAUCCACUGCUCCGGAGCUAACGAAUGUGCUGAAUUUAACAAAUGACAGCUGUACGCAGAGUGUUCUAGCUAUAAUGGAUAAGAACCCGCAAGAAGAAAACAAACAGGUGGAGGUGCAAGAGAAAAGAGAUGAAGUGAGUCAGGAGAAUCAUAAAAGGGGAGAUGAAGUGAGUCAGGAGAAUCAUAAAAGGGGAGAUGAAGUGGCUCAGGAGAAUCGUAAAAGGGAAGACCAAUUGUCGCAGGAGAAUCAAAAAAGGGAAGACCAAGUUACCCAGGAGAAUCGUAAAAGGGAUGACGAAAUGCAAAAUGAAAAGAAGGAAAUUUCCCCAGCAGAAUAUCGAUUCAAGACCUAUUUGGAAGAAAACAGUAGACCAGUUCCGGAAGAGCCGCUACACAGAAGUAGUAAUAACCAGGGUGUGAAGUUUGCACCAGCUCUCCAAACUAUCCCUAACAUGCAGCAGCAAAAUGGAAAUACGCAGACGAGUACCGAGAAUAACAGGACAAUCGUAAUUAGAGAUACGCUACCCAGUAUAGAGAAUAAUGAACGAUAUUUAUUACCCAUAAAGGUUAAAGGAGUUGUUAGUUAUAUACCAAACGAUUACAAAUAUAAUAUCAAACUGCAACUCAUUUUGAAUGAAAUAAAAAGAUGCAGUGAUAGCGAUAUGAAGAUAAAUGGGUAUGAAAAUAUCUCUGUAAAAAUUCCAGUAUAUAAUUUCAUAAGGUAUGUUAAUAUAAUUUGUACAGUAGGUAAUAUAGGAUAUACAGAAAAUUACAAUUCUGUGAUUUGGUGUAUUGACAGAGUGGAAAAUUCAGAUAUUGAUCUAUCGGCUGAGUUGACCUUGUUCAUACAACCCAAUUCAGAUGGACUAUUUCGUAGCCAUAGAUAUUAUUAUGAGAAGUUCAUAAGGUACAAUAAUGAUGAGUAUAUUAAUGGCCUUCCAGAUACAUCCCAAGGGAAUGGCAUUUCGAAUUGUUGCUACCAUGGGGAGAGUGCUAGAAAUUGCAAGACCAUGAGAAGAAGCGAUAAUUCUAGUAGUUUUCGGAGCCCACUGCGUAUUUUCCCCAACCGUGUGUCUAAGUGGUACGAUAUAGAUGCCUGCGCCUACCCCGACUUCACCUUCCCAGUGUAUGUCUCUUUUACCGUCACGGGGAUAACCGCUUCGGGAAAGCGUGUAGAAAGAGUCGAGUUGAAGAGACCCAGAAAUACCUGCCUGCACGCGGUGUAUAGAUACAGCACGUGCUACAACCAUGUAGAGUUUAGAAUAUAG